AUGGGUGCUUAUGUGUACACAGCUGCAGGUGCAUUCCCUUACUCAGCUACCUGCAUCCUGCAGCAAAUCACAAUUGGAGUUUUAUUCACUGUGGCUGUUUCCACUGUGCUUGCCAAAACAAUUAUUGUGCUUCUGGCUUUCACAAUUACAGCCCCUGAAAGAAGGUACCUUGUGGUAAAAUGUGGGAGACAGUCUCCCAGCUGGCCUCCCCCAGAUGGUGCCCAAACAGGGACCAAGGGACUUGGCCAAAGAGGUGUCAUGGGUCAUCACAGAUAUGUGGAAAAAUGUGUGAGGUGUCCAGAGGACCAGUAUGCCAACAGAGAGCAGACACAGUGCAUUCCCAAAUCUCUGGUCUUUCUGACCUAUGAAGACCCCUUGGGAAUGACUCUUGCCUCAAUAUCCUUGUGCUUCUCUGCAUUCACAGUGCUUGUUCUUGUGGUCUUUGUCAAAAACCAUGACACUCCACUUGUGAAGGCAAACAACCAGAAUCUUAGUUACAUCUUGCUCAUCUCACUCAUGUUUUGUUUCUUGUGCCCCUUGCUCUUUAUUGGGCAUCCCAGCUCAGCUACCUGUAUUCUACAGCAAAUCACAUUUGGAGUUGUAUUCACUGUGGCUAUUUCCAUGGUGCUGGCCAAAACAGUGACUGUGCUUUUGGCUUUCAUAGUCAUAGCCCCUGGAAGAAGGAUGAGAUUCUUCAUAAUUUCAAGAGCACCCAACUACAUCAUUGUCAUAUGUACCCUUAUCCAAAUUAUUCUCUGUGCAAUCUGGCUGGGAGUUUCUCCUCCCUCUAUUGACACUGAUGCACACUCUGAGUAUGGCCAAAUCAUCAUUGUGUGCAACAAGGGCUCAGUUACUGCAUUCUACUGUGUCUUGGGAUACCAUGGUUCCCUUGCCUUAACAAGCUUUAUUGUGGCUUUCUUGGCCAGGAAUCUCCCUGACAAAUUUAAUGAAGCCAAAUUGCUGACCUUCAGCAUGUUAUUGUUCUGCAGUGUGUGGAUCACCUUUCUCCCUGUCUUCCACAGCACCAAGGGAAAGGUCAUGGUGGUGGUGGAGGUCUUCUACAUUUUGUCCUCAAGUGCAGGUCUUCUGGGAUGCAUCUUUAUCCCCAAGUGCUACAUAAUUUCAUUCAGACCAGAGAGAAAUUCUCUUCAAAAGUUAAGGGAGAAAUCAUCUUCCUAA